AUGGGUCAGGUGGCCCAGGUUUGAUAGCUCUUCCAAACAUUGCACAGGACCAAACAACAAGUUUUUAAAAAUUAUGUCAGAGUACUAGAAGCCAUAAAAAAUAUAAUUGAAGAAUACAAAAAUAAUAAAAGUGAGACAUCUCCUAAGAAAAUAGAAGAGAAUUGGUUCCUAGGAAAGACCUUCUUACAGAAAAUGAUUGCUGAGUCAGGACAAUUUGAUGUCCGGGAGUUUGGUUUCUUGAGCUCCUUGGAUCAGGAGGUAGUUUUGCAAGCAAGAUGA